AUGGCAAUAUCGCUUCCCCAAUCAUAUGAGAAUUAUUUAGAAGACAGCCAAGCUCUUCCAGAAGUCGAAGAUCUUCUCGAUCACCUCAGCACUGACUUGCCACCCCUGAAUAUCUGGCUUCAACUUGGUGUCAAAUAUUACAAAGAAGGCAAACAUACUGCGUUUGAACGCAUUUUAAAAGCAGGAUCAGGCGAUGACCUUGAAAAAAUGCCUCAAUACCGCAGCUCCAAAGAAGAAAGAAUCUCAAUGCUCAACCGUCUAGUUGCUUACUAUUUCGGAAAAGCCUUGCUUUGUGCUGAAAGUGCUCAAAGGGAAGAACUUUUCAAUUUAGCUGGAGCAAUCAAAGGGUCUGCUGAUAGCAAGGACGUGAAUGAGUUCCAGAACUGGAUCUACCGUGGCUACCUCUUAAUAGCUAAAGGGCAGAUGGAAAACGGCGUUUAUUACUUCAACAACACAAUUACAGCUGAUCCUGAUAACGUGCUAGCGCUACUUGGGAGAGCUUGCAUUUUAUAUCACAGAGAAUCUUAUUCAGAAGCUUUGCAACAAUACGCAAAAGCUAUUAGAAUAAAUCCACGCAUUCCCCCUAACGUCAGAUUAGGACUAGCUGUAUGUCAUUAUAAAUUAGGGAAUAAAGAACUUGCUUAUAAAGCGUUUAAAAGAGUGCUCGGAUUAGAGCCGAACAAUGCAGAAGCGCUGAUGGGGAUUGCUAGAAAAUACAUAAAAUGGCGAACAAAAAUCAACCCCGACAUAUUAACGCAAUUUUUUAACCUUAUGGCCAAGGAGAAUUGGCGAGAAACCAGCCGAAAUUUAGGUAUAUUAUGCGAUAAUGUAUAUCCAGGUAGAUUUCGACUCAGUUCUUGUGAUUGGAAAGAAGCAACCAAGCAAUGUCCUUCGGAACCCUGAAGUUGGACUUCACCGCGAUGCUAUGGAUUGCAGCCUGUGCUCGGGCAAUUAAGUGGGGUUUUUUUUUCUAAUAGCUGAGGGCAAGCACCAGCACUUUUUAGACUCUAGGUUUUCUUCACUGGAUCAAGAUCCCAAAUAGCCUGAUGCAGGCCAGCAGAAAUACUAUCAGCUUACUCAAACUAGAACAAAGAGAUAGGAGGAGACGUUUUAAGUGUACGACACUAGGGAUGCCCAUGACAUCAGGGUUCGAAAGGAGAAAGAUAAUGUCAGAGUCAACUUUCCAGCAAGUCAUCUCAACUGAUCAGGUGUCCGGCACAAAUCGGAUGAACUUGCAAGGGUCCCUGGUGCUUGAGUCACCAAUACGGCCACACCCAUCUGUUAAUUAAGAUUAAGACGGGAAUUGCCAUUCUCGAAUAUGAAAAAGGAAACUACAAAGAGUACAUUGAUCUCGUAGUAAAAGCCUACAAAGCCGACAGAAACAACUCAGCUGCCAACAUGCACUUAGCAAGGCACUAUUUUUACAAGAAAGACUACGAAAGAAGCAUUAAAAUGGCCGAAUUCUGUCUAAGCCACAUUGCAGAGGUAGAAAAGCAGAUCCAAGACAUUUUAAAGCUGAAAGCAGAGUGCUACUAUAUUUUGGCCAUUUGCCAUCACGCACAAAAUAACAUGGAAAAUGCUUUUAGACAAUAUAACCAAGCUGUAAAAUUCAACCCUAACAUGUACUUAGCUCAGUAUGGACUUGGCCAAAUGUAUAUUUAUCAAAACGACAUUGAUAAGGCAAUCACAUGCUUUGAGAACGUUCUCAAAAUUGUCCCAAACAACUACGAAUCUUUGAGGAUUCUUGGGUCUUUAUUGGCAAAGCAGCAUAAGAAAGAUGCAGCGCUGGAGAAGCUGAAUGCAGUGGUAAGGAUGAAUCCGAAUGACUGUGAGGCUUGGAUUGAAAUUGCUCAGUUGCUUGAAAUUUCAAAGCCAAAGCAAGCUUUAGAAGCAUAUGAAAGGGCUCUGGCUGGCAUAAAAGACCCUCCACAAGAGCUGCUCAAUAAUAUUGCUAUCCUAAGGCAUAAGACCAGUGACCAAGCCAACGCUGAAAUAGCUUAUGGAAAGAUUACAGACAAGAAAAAGACUUUAAUUUAUAACAAAGCUCGCUGGCAUGAAGAUAACGACAGGCUUGAAGAGGCCAAAGUUCUUUAUCAAGAAUUGCUUUCUGAACAAAACCAUUACCCAGACGCCUAUAUCAGACUGGGAAUGAUCUCUCGGAAGCUAAAAGAUUACGUAAAAGCCCUUGAAUAUGCAAGAUCCGCAAUCAGUGCUGACAAAAAACCAAUCAACGCACUAUGUCUCAAAGGAAGUCUUGAAGCAGAGCUAGGUGAAUAUAAAAAAGCUCUGGAAACCUUCAAUAAGGUCAUUAUGGAUUAUUCCCACCAUGACUUAUAUGCCUUAUUAGCCAUGGGAAACCAAUAUUACGAAUUAGCAGUCCACAACAGGUCCGAGCACUCUGACAAAAAUUUAAGCCGAGCCCUACAAUUUUACUUAAAAGUCUUGUCUUUGGAUGAGCACAAUGCAUAUGCAGCCAUAGGAGCUGCCAUAAUAUUGGCUGAGCAUGGCGAUUACUCACAAGCUCAUGAAACUUUUAAGCAAGUUUUCGAUGCAUAUCCAGGCCUCGAUUUUAUAUUGGUAAACCAAGCACAUCUGCAGUUCUUACAAGGAAAAUAUGAAGCUGCUGCAAAAAUAUAUGCAAAGGCAUGGGACAAAAAAGCGUUAGAGCCUGAUAUACUUGCAGUUUACUGGGCUAAUGCUUUAUCUGCCUGUGGGAAAUAUAAAGAAUGUAUAGAUGUUUUCAAAAGUCUUCCACAAACCUUCGUGAAUGUUUAUAAUACAGCUUUGGCGCUAAGCGAGCAUGCUUUUUGGAUCUUUAAAAAAGAUAGAAGAAGCGUCAGAGAAACAGAAACGGCAAUAGCCAAUUUGCAAGAAGCCAUUGAAGCGUAUGACUUGAUCACUAACACUAAAUGGGAAUUAAGGUCUGGGAAUGAGGCCAGGACUGAAGAUAAGAAAAUUUUGGAAACUAUUGCUAAAAAGAUUGUGGAAAAGGUCGAAAUGGCCAAGGUUCAGCUUGCGCAAAGCGAAAAAACGCUGGAAUAUGACAAAGCUAUAGAGCAAAAAGAAGCAGAGGAAAGAGAAAGGGCAAAAGAACAGCUGAAAGAGUUACUCGGGAAGAAGAGGUCGCCUGAGCCAAGUGAGGAUGUGCCUACUAAGAUCCAGAAAACCGAGGAAUCGUAA